GUCGCGUCGCGGGUUGUGGACGAUGACGUCACUGUUGUGGAUGUUAUCUUCGGUCGUCCUGGCUGGUGCGUCCCUGCUGCCGUUGGACACUGAGAGGCUGCGGGCCAGCGUUGGAGGCUAUGCGGUCAUGAACUGCCACCUCGACUUCCCAUUUGGAAAUGAAAUACCUUACCAUUUGCAGUGGGAUAAAGAUGGUGAGAUGAUAUUCUCAUGGUACAGCAUCGACGGCGAGGCGUCUGCUCGAGUGGCGGACCGUUGGGGCGGUAGAGUGAGGCGUGUGGGAGAUGGGAGACUGGGCUUGGGCAGGGGCUCCAUCAACGUCAGUGCAGUCAGAGAAACCGACGCAGGCCUAUACCGUUGCCGGGUCGCCUUCCCUAAUAGAACUCCUCCAGAGAGGAACAACGGCACUUUCUACUACCUUGAUGUCGAUGGUGGUAAUUUAAUCGUGACGCCGCCAAUGAAUAUGACGGUUUUGGAGGGAGAACGAGCAGAGUUCGAAUGCCAGCCCAAACUACCAGAGUCAAUUGUCGAAUGGUAUAAAGAUGGCAUGUUAUUAGAACAAAUGCCCGAACUAGCAAGUCGAUGCGAGUUGGCGAUAAAUGGGAGCCUGGUUUUGCGGCGGGCCAUCAGCACUGACGCGGGCGAGUUCCAGUGCCGUGUCAAUGCUCCGGACGAGCAGCAGCAAAGCGCCAGCGCGUAUCUCGACGUGCAAUAUAAGGCGAAAGUAGUGUACUCGCCAUCGGAACGGUUCUUAGCGUUGGGCAAGCCAGCCAGUCUGGAUUGCCACUUCAGCGCCAAUCCGCCACUCACAAACCUGCGAUGGGAGAAAGAUGGCUUCCUCUUUGACCCCUACAACGUUCCCGGCGUCUUCUACAGCAGGAACGGUAGUCUGCUCUUUAAUAAGGUGGACGAAUCACACGAAGGGCUGUACUCAUGCACGCCUUACAACGCGUUGGGUUCCGAAGGUGGAUCUGGUGCAGUGCGCGUGCACGUGCUCCGACCUCCGUCGCUGGCUGCGCGUCCACAGCCACUUUACGUCGCACGACGAGGCGACCGCGUCACCAUGCCGUGCUCGGUGGCAGUGGAUCAGCGGCAUGACCAACCUACAGUUGUAUGGACACGAAAUGACGGCAACCCUUUGCCAGAAGGGCGGUACUCCGUUGACGGCGGUAACCUAACGAUCAACUCGGUUGAUGAAACGGAUCGCGGUGUAUACGUGUGUGCGGUUAGCAACGCGGCAGCUUCAGUGGCUAUGGAGACAGAGCUGAUGGUCGAGAAUGUGCCUCCUCGCGCACCACACAACCUUACCGCACAUCCACAUGAUACGUCCAUCCAGCUAUCUUGGGUGCCAGGACACAACGGUCCGGAGGUAGAGUACACAGUGUGGUAUCGUGAGCGCCAUGCGCACGAGUGGCGGACAAUGAAGAUCCUCUCGCGCGGCGUCACAGAAGCUACUCUUGUGGGACUUCAGCCUGGGAAGCAGCACGAGCUGAGGGUGCUAGCUAGCGACCAGCUGGGCGAUGGUCUCUUCAGCAAACCCAUUUUUGUUUGGACUACAGAACAAGAACACCCUGAAGAAAGCGCUACAAUUUUUCCACUGGCAUCAGAAGCACCGGAUAUGCCGGUAGAAGCGGGUGCGGCGGCGUCUGCCCCUCCUGGUGGAGAACUAGAGGUGAACGUUCGACUGAUUGACGAGGGUGCUUUGAUCCGUUGGAGCGGAGCCGAAGCCGGUGUCGCCGGGGGCUGCUCCGUGCGUUGGUACGAGGGCUCCGCCCCUGGUGAACGUCUACUGCAGUCUGUGCAAGCACAACACGACUACCUUCUCGUAAAUAGCGUGGAGGAGGGCGUGCUAUACUGGGCACGCGUAGAUUGUGGUGGAACACGCGGAGGCGCAUCUCUACGAGUUCCUGAGUUUUCACGCAUGCGCGGCGUUGCAGGGGGUUGCGCGGCCGCCGCACUCAUUUUAGCCGCCGCCGCUGCAGCUAUCUAUUUUUUUCGUCAUCGUUUAUUUCCUCGCCGCGCACCACCACCACUGCCAAGCAAACGCGUUCGCUGAGGUCCACCCAUCAAAACCGCUCAACAACUGAUUGGGUCUCUUAUCGUAGCCUUAAGAAACAACGUACACUGUCAAUACUUACCUGAAGUCAGUGUUAUUGGUAUAAGGUCGCAGUGGGAUUUGAAUCCGAAUGCCUCUCACUUACGAGUUGGCCGUCUACUUUACAGGCAGGAAAGGUUAUCUGUAUAUAUUAGGUAUAAAAUUAGAAGUAAGCAGAAGUUGAAAUUCAUGUAAAGUUUCGAUACAAUAAAAUAAAUUAACUGAAAUCGAGCUUCAUCAUAUGAACCGAAAAUAUUUUUUUUUAUCUUACUAUCUAGGUAGACUUAUUUCUUACUUAGGGUAUUGUAGUUAGGUAGGAACUUGAAUGGCUUGAUACCGUAGCAUACUUUUUUAUUUCAUGUGUAUACCUAUCUAUUUAUUUAUUAUCUGUUAAAGAAAUUAAUAAAAAC